AUGGAAGCAGCUCCAUUCAAAGAGGCAAGUGGCACAGAGGAAGGUCAACAGGUCUUGGACCCCACCCAUGGCAGGAGGAAGCAGAUGGACCUGGAGUUGCAACAGACUGAAGCCCAAAGAGAGAAGGACUUGGUUCUAAAAAUACAUCAGAAUGAAGGAAUAGAGACUCUUUACCACACUGAGUCCUGGAAAACAGAGGAUUUGCUCAAAAAUUUCACACAGCUACUACUUCUUCAAAAACCUUGCCCAAGAAGAGGCUGGAAGACUAUGGUUAGGAAAAGCUGGUGUAAUUGUGUAGCAGAGGAGAGUGGUCAUCUGAUUGAGAUCCAAGACUUAUUUGGUCUAAGCCCAGAUACCAAAAAAGAGCCUCAAUUAGUCAUAUUAGAGGGGGCUGCUGGGAUUGGGAAGUCAACCCUGGCCAGGCAGGUGAGGAGAGCAUGGGGGGAAAGUCAACUCUAUAGGGAUCGCUUUCAUUAUGUCUUCUACUUCAGCUGCAGAGAGCUGUCCCAGUGCAAGCAGCUGAGUCUUGCUGAGCUCAUAGCAAAAGACCAGGGUGUGCCUAUAGCUCCCAUCAGGCAGAUCCUGUCUCACCCUGAGAAGCUGCUCUUCAUCUUGGAUGGCAUAGAUGAGCCAGCAUGGGUCUUGGAGGAUCAGAAUCCUGAACUAUGCCUGCAUUGGAGCCAGCCACAGCCUGUGCACACACUGCUGGCCAGUUUGCUGGAGAAAUCAGUCCUUCCUGAGGCUUCUUUGCUGCUCACAGCUAGGACCACAGUUCUGAAGAAACUCAUUACUCCAUUGAAGCAGCCACGUUGGGUGGAAGUCCUGGGCUUCUCUGAGUCUGGACGAAAGGAAUAUUUCUACAAAUAUUUCACAGAGAAAAGAGAAGCAGUUUUUACUUUGGUUGACUCAAACCCAGUACUCUCAACACUGUGUAUGAUACCCUGGGUGUCCUGGCUGGUCUGCACUUGCCUGAAACAGCAGAUAGAGCAAGGAAGAGAACUCUCACUAACCUCACAGACCACCACAGCACUCUGCCUGAAAUACCUUUUCCAGACUCUCCCAGAAUCUGUCAUAGAGACCUAUCUCAGAGGACUCUGCUCACUGGCUGCUGAGGGGAUCUGCAGUAGAAGGACCCUGUUCAGUGAGAGAGAUCUUUGGAAGCAAAGGUUAACUGAGGAUGUUAUUGACAUUUUCUUGAAGAUUGGUAUCCUUCAAAAGCAGCCCAGCUCUUUGAGUUAUAGCUUUCCCCACUUGUGUCUACAGGAGUUCUUAGCAGCAAUGUUCUGCAUCUUUUGUGAUGAAGAGAGAUAUGAUGAUAUGGAAAACUACAGGGUUGUGGAAACACUGACAGAAGUGUAUGGAAUGCAAGACUUGUUUGAGGCACCCACCAUACGCUUCCUAUUUGGACUUUUAAAUAAACCGGAAGGGAAAGAGAUGAAGAAGAUCUUCACCACUCAUUCACCUUUCCACACCCUCUGGAAAAUUCUGAAUAAAGUCCGGGCAUUUCCUGAGCACCAGCAUCUCUAUUCUCUGGGGUUGUUUUAUUGUAUUUAUGAGAAUCAUAAUGAGACAAUCAUGAUAAGGAUGCUGCAAAAUCUCCAAAAUAAAAAGGCGUGCUAUCUGACAGAUAUGUCACACCCAGCGUUCCAGACAAAUGUGAAGCACUUGGUAAUCCAGACAGAUGUGGAUCUCAUGGUAGUCACUUUCUGCGUUAAGUUCUGCCACCAUGUGAAGAGACUUCAGUUGAAUGGUUGUGGACAGCAUGGACCAAUGGUAACGACCCCUAGGAUGGUUCUGUCCAGGUGGAUCCCUCUCACGGAUACCAGUUGGCAGAUUUUCUUCUCCACUCUUGAGAUAACAGAAAGCUUGGAGGAGCUGGACCUAAGUGGAAAUCCAUUGAGCUACUCUGCAGUAAAGAGCCUAUGUAGGACCAUGAGAUGCCCUGAAUGUCGCCUAAAGACAUUGUGGCUUGUCAACUGUGGCCUCACAUCCAGCCACUGUGAGGACCUGGCCUCAGUGCUCAGUACCAGCUCCAGCCUGACUGAGCUAGACCUGCAGCUGAAUGACCUGGGUGACCAUGGUGUUAGGCUGCUCUGUAAGGGGCUUGGAAAUCCUGCCUGCAACCUUAAAAUUCUGAGGCUGUACCAGGCCCCUGUCAGUGACCAAGUGAUGAUGGAGCUCAGGGCCGUGGAGACAGCGAAUCCACAGCUGCUCAUCUACAGCACAUGGAAUCCAAAUGCGAUGAUUCUUACUAAGAACCUGGAUGGAGAAGAAAUGGAUGAUAACUUAAACUCAUUUAAGCGGCAGAGACUACAGUCAGGAGACAAGCACACAGAAUCACCAGGGACUGAAGAUGAUUUCUGGGGCCCUACAGGGCCUGUCGCUAUUGAGGUGAUUGACAGAGAGAGGAACCUGUACAGAGUUCAAUUCCCUGUGUCUGGUUCCUACCACUGUCACAACAUAGGACUCUGCUUUGUGGUAACAAGGGCAGUGACAAUUGAGAUUGGAUUCUGUGCCUGGAGCCAACACCUGGAGAAGACUCGCUUACAGCACAAUUACAUGGUUGCUGGGCCUCUGUUUGAUAUCAAGGCUGAGCAGGGAACUGUGGCUGCUGUGUACCUCCCUCACUUUGUGAAUUUUCGAGAGGGACAGGUGGACAUCUCCUUGUUCCAUGUGGCCCACUUUCAAGAACAGGGGAUGGUCCUAGAAACUGCAGCCAGAGUGGAACAGCAUUAUGCAGUGCUGGAAAACCCAAGCUUCUCCCCAAGGGGAGUUUUACUGAGAAUGAUUCCUGCUGCCAGACAUUUCAUCCCCAUCACUUCCAUCACAUUGAUCUACUAUCACCUCCAUCUCAACGAUGUGACAUUUCACCUUUACCUGGUCCCUAAUGACUGCACCAUUCGGAAGGCCAUUGAUGAUGAAGAAAUGAAAUUCCAAUUUGUUCGAAUAAACAAGCCACCCCCACUAGACUCUCUUUAUAUUGGUUCCCGCUACAUCGUCUCUGGUUCCAAGAAGCUGGAAAUCAUCCCAGUGGAACUGGAGCUGUGCUAUCGGAGCCCUGGAGAAUCCCAGCUCUUCUCUGAGAUCUAUGUUGGCCACAUGGGUUCAGGGAUUAAUCUACAAAUCAGAGACAAGAAGAAUCGGAAACUCAUAUGGGAGGCUGUGCUGAAACCAGGGGACCUCAGACCUCCACUGCCCAUGAUCCCUUCUGCCCACAAAGAUGUUCCUACCUUUCUACACUUCCUGGACCAGCAUCGGGAGCAGCUGGUGGCCCGAGUGACAUCAGUGGACCCUCUGUUGGACAAGCUGCAUGGUCCAGUGCUGAGUGAAGAGGAGUAUGAGGUAGUGAGGGCUGAAAUCACCACCCAAGACAAGAUGAGAAAACUCUUCAGCAUCAGCAAGUCCUGGAGGUGGGUCUGCAAAGACCAAGUCUACCAAGCUCUAAAGGAGAUACAUCCUCACCUGAUCAUGGACCUCCUUGAGAAAUCAGGCAAAAUCUCUAUGAGAUCCUGA